AUGCAUGAUUUGGACACCGCCGCAUCGCCGGCACUUCCCGCACGCUUUCUGCCUCAUCAUCAUCGUCGUCUUAUUUCCGCCGAUACUCCUGCAGCAGCUACCGCCGCCCCGGCAUCAUCCACGGAGCCGUGCCAGCACUGCGUUGAUGUGUUCACGACCUCACAACAGUCCAUCUCCACCGACGACCGCUUCGGCUCCCCGUGGGCCCUGCUGUGCAGCCCGGGCCUCGUCUACUCCCGCCGCCGCGGCUCGCUCGAGGAGUCGGCGAGGCAGAGGUGCGGCCUCUGCAGGGUGCUGCUCGACUCGGUCGUCACGGGCGAGAAGCGGCGAAGCAACCUGAAGAAGAGCUGGGAUGCCAACGCCGUUGCCUUGGGUGGUGACCAGGGGGUCGGCGGCGGUGGUGUCGGUGCUAACAGAAAGAGCGCAGACGAUGUAGUCGUGCAUUUUGAAUUUUCGUUCGAGACGGAGGGUGGCAGCGGCCCCGGCAGUCCAGUGGUGCGGGAUCACCAGAGAUUUCCGUCAUGGCCGGGUUGGGGGGGUGUGGUGGAUGGUGAGGUCCAAGGGCAGGCGUCGCAGCAGGCGCCACUGGUGCCGGUACUGAGGGUGCGGAGACUGGGCACGCUGUUCCCGGGGACGUUGCUGUUCGAUGUUGCGACCGAGCACGGUGAGUGUUGCUCCGUUGGAUUUGGCGUUCGAUACCGUGUUAACGAAGAGAAAGGUGAUCCGUUGGCAGAACCACAACAAGCCGUUGAAGAUGACGACGCUUUUUCACUCCCCGUUUGCAGCUUGGACGCGGAUCGAGGGACGCCCGAAGAGCUUGCAACGGUCAAGAGCUGGCUGGACUGGUGUGACAAUGGGCACCGGUCGUGCGUGCGAAAGAGGCGUGCCCUCCCGUCCAGGGUGCUCGACGUGGGCGAGGCUGCCGGCGUUGUGCGUCUAGUCGACUCGGAAGGCAUCGAGCCGGAGCCAUACGCCACACUCAGUUACUGCUGGGGAGGAUCCCAGUCCAUCGUGACGUCGACGGAAACAAUAGGGGAGCACAUGGCCGGCAUCGAGGUUGCCGAGCUCCCGCAGACGCUGCAGGACGCCGUCAAGACGACAAGAGCAUUGGGAUUGAAAUAUCUCUGGGUGGAUUCGCUGUGCAUCAUGCAGGACAGCGCCGACGACAAGGAGCACGAGAUGGCGCGCAUGCAGCAAGUCUUCCAGAACUCGCACGUCACCAUCGUCGCCGCCCGCGCUCGUUCCUGUCACGAGGGCUUCUUCCACGCCGAGCGCUCGCGCGACCCGCUCGUCAAGCUCCCCGUCCGGACGAGUGGGGACCAGGUCGGCAACAUGCUGCUGCUGCCGCGCAAGCAGCCGCUGGUCGAGCAGCCCGCGCGAGAGCCGCUCCACGAGCGCGCCUGGGCGCUGCAGGAGAUCGUGCUGUCGCCGCGCCUGCUCAUCUACGGCCGCGAGCUGACCGUCUGGCGGUGCACUGCGGGCGAGAAGGCGCGCGACUGCAGCAGCAGUCGCCACCACCGCCACAACAACAACAGCAACAACCCCCUGGACUGGAACGGCUACUGCGCCGCCGCAGGCCUCACCACCAUCCGCCUCUCGCCCAAGGGCCGCAUCCACCAGCCGCGCUUGUCGACCCACUCGCCGCACAGCAUGUUCGCCCAGCAAUCGGAGCGGCUGCCCAGGCUGUUCCGCACGUGGAAAUACGUCGUCCACGACUACACGGCGCGGCUGCUGUCGGACCCCAUGGACAAGCUGCCCGCGCUCUCGGGCAUCGCCACCUACUUCCGCGACGCCAUGGAAGACCAAUACCUCGCCGGCCUGUGGCGCAAGCACCUCCUCAGCGAGCUGUCCUGGGUCGUCUCCACCUCCACCACCUCAUCAUCAUCAUCCCCACUCCCACUCCUCGAGAAUAGCAACAGUAACAACAACAGCAACAACGACGACAUCCUCCCAUUCUUCCCCGCCUCGGCGCCCCUCACCCCCAUCGCCCGCCGCCCGCCCCGCUACCGCGCCCCCUCGUGGUCCUGGAUGAGCGUCGACGCGGCCAUCGCCUUCCACGCCGACUCGUGCUCGUGGUACGAGCCCGUCGCCGACGUGAUCGCAUGCACGGUUCAGCCCGCUCGACCCAACGCCGCGCCCUGCGGCGCCGUCGUCGGCGGCGCCCUCACGCUGCACGGCUUCAUGCGGCCCAACGUGCCCAGCCUGCUGAGCCCGCGCACCCCCUUCGCCGUCGCCACCGCCGGCAUGCCCGGCGAGGAGAUGAUCCAGGGCGCGUACGGCACCAUCUACCUCGACGUGCCGCCGCAGCCGAUGUCGAUGGACGGCGACGAGGAUGAUGGGAGGUUUGGGCUCGGUAGCGGUCUGGGCUUGUCGCCGCCGUCUCUGUCGUCGUCGUCCAGGAGGAGCUCGCAGGGCGUGUACUGGUGCUUGCUGCUGGCCCGCUGCUUCACGCGCACGCCGGCAGAGGACGACGUCAUGGUCGACAUUGAGACGGCGUGGGGCCUGGCGCUGGCGCUGAACGGCGAGGAGUUUGAGCGGGUGGGGUACUUUGUCGGCAGUCCGACGUGCAGGACGUGGUUCGAGAGUGGGGGCAAGAGGGAUGUCACGAUCGUGUAA